AUGGAAGCUAUGGGAGAAUGGAGCACCGGCUUAGGCGGAAUGUAUACAGACGAAGCUGACUUCAUGAAUCAGCUCCUUGCCUCUUAUGAUCAACCUUGUGGCGUUUCGUCCCCAGAGACAACCGCCCCAGCCGCAGCAUACCACCCCGAGAAGGCUCAUUUGACUGGCGGGUUCUGCUUCUCUCAGGAGAGCAGUAGCUACAGCGCGGGGCAUAGUGGCUACUACGCGGUGAUGCCACCGCGAGAAGAAAACAACAAUGGGAUGGAGGAUGUGACGAUCAACACGAACUUGUAUCUGGUGGGUGAGGAGAUGUGUGAAUGUGAAGUGGCGGAAUACUCCGCUAAGAGCCUUUUGCCUUUGGAGACUGUCGAAGAGAAUCAGGAUGAUAAUAAGAGGUCACUGGAGACGGAGGAUGAUCAAAAAUUGUUCAACGCAUGCGAGAGUUCCAAGAAGAGGUCGCGUGCCAUAACAACUGACAAGAACAAGAGAGCCAGCAAGACACGGAAAACUAAAAAAAUCAUGGAGAUGAGUGACGAUAAUAACAAUUGCGGUGGAGAAGUACAGACGGAGAAGGCUGGGGGAAAGAGAAACACCAAAGCACUUAAGAUUCAGAAAACUUGUUAUUCGGAUGACGAAGCAAACGGUGGAGACACUUCCUCCUGCAAAGAAGGUGGCGAAGACUGUAAGGCUCUAAACCUCAAUGGCAAGACUAGAGCUAGCCGCGGUGCUGCCACUGACCCUCAAAGCCUCUACGCAAGGGUAAGUUUUACAUAA